AUAGUCGUCACUGCGGCCAAGCGACUAUCCGAGCACGAUCUUCUUCGGACUUCCUGCGUACCCAUCGCCGUUACUCACGGCCGACGAAAACAAUAUGGCAACCUUUGAUGUCGAGGCUCUUCUCGAGUCCACAGCAAACGGCAAGAACGACGAGAGCAGAAGCGGCCGUCUAAGCCGUGAACCGGAAGACACCCCACGCUCUGAGCGCAGCGACCGCCCCGACCGAGACCGCAGCUCAGAACGAGGCAGUCGUCGUGAUCGCAGCCCUCGCCGCCGGGAUCAUAGUGGAGACCGCAACGGCCAUGGCACGCCGCGGAGCGACGCUGGCAGCCAUAGAAGUGGUAGGCGCCGUAGCCGGAGUCGCGACGAUGACCGGCCGAAAAACUCACGGCGAUACAGAGGAGGCGACGACCACUACUCGGGCCGCAGACGCUCCAGAUCUCGCUCACCCCGCCGCAACCAUCGCUACCGUGAUGACCGCCGCGAGCGCGAUCGUCGAGAUGAUGAUCGUCGCCGUGGUAGAGGCACACCGAAGCGCGACUCUACACCCCAGCCUACGGAGGACGAGCGGGACAAGCGUACCGUCUUUGUCCAGCAGCUAGCUGCCAGACUGCGCACGAAGGAACUCAAGGAGUUCUUUGAAAAGGCCGGACCCGUCAAUGAGGCCCAGAUUGUCAAGGAUCGUAUUAGUGGAAGAUCCAAGGGAGUCGGCUACGUUGAAUUCAAGGAUGAGGAGACCGUCACUGCCGCACUUCAGCUCACUGGCCAGAAGCUACUAGGUAUCCCUGUCAUCGUCCAGCUUACCGAAGCUGAGAAGAAUCGUCAAGUCCGCAACCCAGAGGGUUCGGGGGGCCAGACUCACUCAGUACCUUUCCACCGCCUAUAUGUCGGUAACAUCCACUUCAGCAUCACCGAGCAGGAUUUGCAGAACGUGUUCGAGCCUUUUGGUGAGCUAGAGUUUGUCCAGUUGCAGAAAGAUGACAAUGGCAGGAGCCGCGGAUAUGGCUUUGUCCAGUUCCGGGACGCCGACCAAGCGCGUGAAGCUCUCGAGAAGAUGAAUGGCUUCGACCUCGCCGGUCGACCCAUCCGUGUUGGUCUUGGAAACGAUAAGUUCACCCCCGAGUCAACUGCCAAUCUCUUGCAGAGAUUCCAGGGUCCAAACCAACAGUACCAGGGAUCAGCCUUUUCCGGAGCUGGCGGUCGUGGCCAACAGAACCCCAACUUCGACCGUGCUGGCGGCCGUGAUAACGACAAGACUGGCGGCGCCAGCGCCCUCGACGACACUGAUGUUGCGGGCGUCAACUUUAACAACUAUAGUCGCGAUGCUCUGAUGCGGAAACUCGCUAGAACAGAUGAACCGGCCGCUCCAGGCCGUGACGAGCGGCAGAUCCUGAAGCCCAAGACCGAGACCAAGCCUCUGCCUGUCAAUGUCAACAUGGCCAGCCGUUGUGUUCUCUUGCGCAACAUGUUUGACCCAGCUGAGGAAGAAGGUGAAAACUGGCCCAAAGAACUGGAGGAUGACGUUCGACAGGAAGCCGAAAACAAAUAUGGCCACGUGGUCCACAUCUCGCUCGACCCGAACUCGCAAGGCGACAUCUAUCUGAAAUUCGACAAGGUCCAAGGCGGCGAAAAUGCCAUCAAAGGCUUGAACGGCCGGUACUUUGGCGGGCGCAUGAUCAGCGCAUCGCCUGUUGUCGACGCUGUUUACAGCAGUUUGUUCUCACGCACAAAGGCCAUCUGAGUUGCUAAUCAUUGCCUCUCUACCACGCCAUGAACAGGAACAAAGCAGUUGGUCCUUCACACCGCCGCUUGUUCACUGCGCACUGUGCUGACUCGGCCCAGACGAUCAUCUACACAGCGUCACGAUUCCAUGUCGUGACCGCUCUCGUCGAAGCCAAUGCCUUGAAGCAAAAGCGUUUCCAAGAAAGAAUACUACCAGGAACCGCCCUCUACGACAUGAGAACUCUCGACACCCAAUCUGCGUAAGAAUCAAAUCGCAAACUGGGCCACCAACUGAUUAUGCCACAGUAAUCCAUCUUUCUAGGUCGACGACGACGAAUGGCAUA